AUGAAGCCCCUCUGCAGACGCCGGAGGUUCUGUUCCCACAGCGACCCUCUGAUGCUGGAAGCUCUGCGGACCCUCAGGAGGACCCUCAGGAGAACCCUCAGGAGGACCUCAGGAGAACCCUCAGGAGGACCUCAGGAGAACCCUCAGGAGGACCUCAGGAGGACCUCAGGAGGACCUCAGGAGAACCCUCAGGAGGACCCUCAGGAGGACCCUCAGGAGAACCUCAGGAGGACCUCAGGAGGACCCUCAGGAGGACCCUCAGGAGAACCUCAGGAGGACCUCAGGAGGACCUCAGGAGGACCCUCAGGAGGACCUCAGGAGGACCCUCAGGAGGACCCUCAGGAGGACCUCAGGAGGACCUCAGGAGGACCCUCAGGAGGACCCUCAGGAGGACCCUCAGGAGGACCUCAGGAGGACCCUCAGGAGGACCUCAGGAGGACCCUCAGGAGGACCCUCAGGAGGACCCUCAGGAGGACCUCAGGUGGACCUCAGGAGGACCUCAGGAGGACCCUCAGGAGGACCCUCAGGAGGACCUCAGGUGGACCUCAGGAGGACCUCAGGAGGAGCUCAGGAGGACCUCAGGAGGACCCUCAGGAGGACCUCAGGAGGACCUCAGGAGGAGCUCAGGAGGACCUCAGGAGGAGCUCAGGAGAACCUCAGGAGGACCUCAGGAGAACCUCAGGAGGACCUCAGGAGGACCUCAGGAGGAGCUCAGGAGGACCUCAGGAGGACCUCAGGAGGACCCUCAGGAGGACCCUCAGGAGGACCCUCAGGAGGACCUCAGGAGGACCCUCAGGAGGACCUCAGGAGGACCCUCAGGAGGACCCUCAGGAGGACCCUCAGGAGGACCUCAGGUGGACCUCAGGAGGACCUCAGGAGGACCCUCAGGAGGACCCUCAGGAGGACCUCAGGUGGACCUCAGGAGGACCUCAGGAGGAGCUCAGGAGGACCUCAGGAGGACCCUCAGGAGGAGCUCAGGAGGACCUCAGGAGGACCUCAGGAGAACCUCAUGAGGACCUCAGGAGGACCUCAGGAGGACCUCAGGAGGACCUCAUGAGGACCUCAGGAGAACCUCAGGAGGACCUCAGGAGGAGCUCAGGAGGACCUCAGGAGGACCUCAGGAGGACCUCAUGA